AGGCUGGCCAAAUAUUGUUGGUCUUGGUGGAUUGUUGGUUAUUUUGUUUGUGUGAAUCACAUACCUAUUUUGCUUUUAGAUUUGUGUAUAGUAUUUCUAUUUAGUAUGUGAAUUUGUGCAAGAUUUGUGUGUGAAUGAAUUAUAGUUGUUUAGUAUAAUUUAUUUACUCAUGUAAAAACACAAUCUACGUCUCGUAAAACAUGUCGUCACGUUCAGAAAUAAGCAAACGUCGUGAUCGUUCCAAGAGUCGCAGUUUAGACCGUUAUCGAGACCGCAAGGGUCGGAGCAAAGACAGGAAAUCUCGGUCACACUCGCCAGAGAGGUCAAAACACAGAUCUAUGAGUAGAGAGAAGAAAAAAGAUAAACAUGAGAAACACAAGAAGAGUAAAAAGAAGAAGAAGAGACACUCUUCUAGUAGUAGUAGUAGCAGUGAGGACAGUGAUGAGGAGGAAUUGAAGUUGCUGCAGCGACUGGAGGCUGAGCGGCUGAGGCUGAAAGAAGAGAGAAGAAAGGAAAAAGAGGCACAAAAAGCCAAUGAAACUCCAGAAGAGAAGAGGGCUCGCCGUCUUAAAGAGAAACAGGAGAAAGAGCGUCGGAGACGAGAGCGCAUGGGCUGGGACAAUGAGUACCAGUGCUACACCAACCAGGACAAUCCAUUCGGGGACUCCGCCCUCACCAACACGUUUGUGUGGACUAAGAAACUGGCUAAAGAAGGUGUGAAGUCAGUGUCGAGGGAUGAGUUGGAAGCAUUGAAUAGACAAAAACAGUUGGAGAACAAAAUUGAACUGGAGAAGGUGAAGCAGCGGCGGCUGGAGCGCGAGGCGGAGCGCGCGGCGCGCGAGGCGGAGGCGGCGGCGGCGGCGCGCGCGCGCGAGGCGCAGCAGUUCAGCAGCUGGGCGCGCCAGGAGGACGCCUUCCACCUGCAGCAGGCGCGCCUGCGCUCGCAGAUCCGCAUCCGCGACGGCCGCGCCAAACCAAUAGAUCUCCUAGCGUGGUACGUGAGCUCGGAGGAGUGUGUGGACGCGCUGGAGAUGCACGAGCCCUACACCUACCUGAAUGGGCUGCAGGCACAGGAUCUUGAGGAUCUGCUGGAAGACAUCAAGGUGUACAAGGAGCUGGAGAAGGCGGGCAACCAGCCGUACUGGGAGGACGUGCAGACCAUCGUGCUGGACGAGCUGGGCAAGCUGCGGCGCGAGGCGGCGCCGCUGCGCGCGCGCGACGGCGUGCACCGCGCCGUGGCCGCCGACGUCACGCAGAUCUUCAAAGGCAAGACGGGCGAGCAACUAGAAGCAUUACAAACACAAAUCGAGCAGAAGAUCAGCGGCAGGCGAGACGGCGUGGAUAUCGGCUACUGGGAGAGUUUGCUCAGCCAACUUAAAGCGCACAUGUCGCGGGCGCGGCUGCGCGCGCGCCACCAGCACAACCUGCGCCGCAAGCUGCGCCUGCUCAAGCUGCAGCAGGGCGUGGCGCCGCCCGCCCAGCCAGCCCACCAACACGAGCCGGAGCCGUCCACAUCUCAGCCGGCGGCCGCCGCAGAGGGCUCGGGCUCCGGCGGCUCGGACGAGGAGUCGGCCGCGACGUGCGAGGCGCUGUACGAAGCGGGGCGCUACUCGCCGCCGCUGCUGGCCGCCGCCGGCCUGGAGCCCGGCACGCUGCUGGCCUCGCCCGGGGACGACGAGCGGCGCGUGGCCUUGUUCAGGGCCGCCCUGCACGCCGCCAACGCCAGCAAGCAGCACGCCGACUUCCUGGCCGCUAAUCCGUCACCGGAGCCCGCCGCCGCGCCGGCGAGCAGCGCCGCCCUGGAGUCGCUGGCGCGCCGCAGCAUCCCCCAGGCCGCGGAGCACGCGCCCUUCGGCGCCGAGCUGGCGCUGCCCGACCAGCCCUGCCUGUGGGCCGACAAGUACCGCCCCAGGAAGCCCAGAUACUUCAACAGGGUGCACACUGGCUUCGAGUGGAACAAAUACAACCAGACUCACUAUGACAUGGACAACCCUCCGCCCAAGAUCGUGCAGGGGUACAAGUUCAACAUCUUCUAUCCCGACUUGAUUGACAAGAACGCUACCCCAGAGUUCUCCCUGAAACCCUGCCCCGAGAACCCUGACUUCGCCGUGCUGCGCUUCCACGCGGGCCCGCCGUACGAGGACAUCGCAUUCAAGAUCGUGAACCGAGAGUGGGAGUACUCGUACAAGCGCGGCUUCCGCUGCCACUUCCACAACAACAUCUUCCAGCUGUGGUUCCACUUCAAGCGGUACCGGUACCGACGGUAGACGGUACUUAAGAUCGGGGUUCAAUAAAUGUGUUGAUAUUA